CCAUAUUCUGGACACCAUAAUUACAAUUCUGAAGUUUUUUUUGGAAUUAAAAUGUUCAGCAUCUCCAUAAAAACACUAAUUGCACCAUAUUAAAUGCUUAUGAAGUUUACUCUUUAAAUCCUGUACAUUCUAAAGAAGUUGAAUGGCUUAAUUAGCUUAAAGAUGAUUUUUGUUUCGUUAACAUGAGUAGAUAGAUGAUCAUUUACAAGCUACCUACCUUUUCGGCACCAUUACAUUUGCUUGAAUGCUUUACUAAUUAAAAUCGUUUAAGAUUUCUGCAUUGGCAAUAAAUUUGUGUCUUAUAAAACUCCCAAGUGAACAUCAGGUAUUUGUGUCAUGUCAAGGGUAAAGCAUAAUUAGGAGAUGGGUUGAUGCACUUCAUUUGUUGUCAAAUCAGCUAGAGCUGUCUAUGUGCUUUCUUAAAACUCAAUGGUGUUCUGUACCAUCAAGUAUGUAGAUAUUAGUACUAUUUACUGCUGAGUUGAAAUCCUAUGGCAUCUCAUUCUCUACCCGUGGUUGCUCGCUGAAGCUUAAAAUGACAAAUAUUGAUAUGGACCAUUGUAGUAAUCUCCCACUAUCAUUGCUGUGAAAAAACAAGCUGGUAAUGAAAAGCAGACAAUUGUUAUGUAUGAAGAGCAAUCUGUAUAAAUUAAUCUCUUUGAAACUCUUAAUUUGUUUUGGAAAUGGUAGUAGGCACUUGGGGACUGUUUAUUGCAUUCCAAUGCUUUAACAAUAUUUUUCACUUGUCAUAAUGCAUGAGGAUAAUAGCCAUGGCAUCACAAAGCUGACUGACUGCGUAUUUUCCUACUGACAUAAAAGUGGGGGUGGUGGUGGCGAACUUGAAUGUGUGAUCAGUGGGAAGUACUACUGAAGUUCCAUAAAAUACAGAAAAAAAGCUUUGGCACAAAAUAAGAAAAGGGAUUUCAACAAGAAGUGCUUCUGCUCUGGGAUAUUCUUCACAGUUGUGCAGUACGCGGAUUCAGUCAUGGAAAAUACCACUAAAUGUACAAAAAGAUUCACUCUUGUAGUUUGGAUAUUGACUCUGCUCUUUUCAACUGAGGCAGCAAAACAUAAAUCAGCAAGAUGUCCCGAAAAAUGUAUUUGUACUGAGGAACACGCCCAGUGUGUAGAUAGUAAAUUCAUUCCUCAACACUUUCCUCGAGAUAUAGUUAAGCUGUCAUUCAUGAAGUCUGGUUUCAGUACAAUUCCAGAAGGCAGCUUUCCAAAUAUGAAGAUACUCCAGCUUCUCUUGUUUGACUCCAAUAGUUUUGCUGUGAUUGCCAAUGAUGCAUUCCGUGGACUUUCUGACCUGAAAUAUCUGUUUAUUGAGAACAAUGAAAUACAGUCUAUUUCAAGACACGCAUUUCGAGGCCUGACGUCUCUUGCUUAUCUGAGUCUGGCAAACAAUAGCCUUCAAACACUUCCUAAAGACUUGUUCAAAGGCCUUGAAUCAUUGACAAAUAUAGAUCUUAGAAACAAUUUCUUCCACUGUGAUUGCAAACUGAAAUGGCUGGUGGAAUGGUUGGGUAGCACCAAUGCAACAGUUGAUGAGAUCUUUUGUGAAAGUCCGAUCAAGGGAUCUAAGAUAAGUAGCCUCUCACUGAAAGAAUUUGACUGCAUAACUACAGGUUUCACUAUUCACCAGACUCUGCCAUUUAAAUCCAUUUCAAUAGAAAGCUUCAAUUACAUGAAUGAUAUUUAUGUAGCGAUUGCUCAACCUUCCACUGGGAACUGCCAAAUUUUGGAAUGGAAUCACGUGGAACUGUUUUUCAGGAAUUUUGAAAGUAUAGCUGGCACUUCGACUGUAUUCUGCAAACCGCUGGUCGUUGAUAGUCAUCUUUUCAUUGUCGUUGCACAACUCUUUGGUGGCUCUCACAUAUACAAAUGGGAAACAGCUGCCAACAAGUUCAUUAAAAUCCAGGAUAUAGAGAUUAUGAAAAUCAGAAAACCUAACGACAUUGAAUCAUUUAAAAUAGAAAGUGAAUGGUACUUUGUUAUUGCUGAUAGUUCAAAAGCUGGUAAAACCACUGUAUAUAAAUGGAAUGGAAAUGGAUUUUAUUCCCAUCAUUCAUUACAUGAAUGGUACAGGGAUAUAGAUGUGGAAUAUCUUGAAAUAGCUAACAAACCACAUUUGAUCUUGUCAAGUAGUUCUCAGCGUCCUGUUAUCUAUCAGUGGAACAAAGAGCAGAAACAGUUCACUAGGCGCAUUGAUAUUCCUGAGACAGAAGAUGUAUAUGCAGUCAAGCAUUUUAAAAUCCAAAAUGAUUUGUACAUUUGCUUAACAACAUUCAUUGGGGACUCCAAGGUAAUGAAAUGGAAAGACUCCAGGUUUGUUGAAAUACAGACAUUACCAUCACGAGGAUCAAUGGUAUUGCAGCCUCUUACAAUAAACAAAUGGCAUUAUGCCAUUCUUGGAAAUAAUUACUUUUUUACUCAGAUAUAUCGAUGGGAUACAGAAGAAGAAAAAUUUGUCAAAUUCAAACAAAUAAAUGUUCAGGCUCCAAGAGCAUUCACUCGCGUAUCGGCAGGUAAUCGUGAUUUUUUAUUUGCCUCAAGUUUUACAGGAAAUACUCUAUUAUAUGAACAUGUUAUAAUUGACACAAGUAAAAUAUAAAAAGGCCCCAUAGAUAUAUUUUCCUGUCAAUAAAAUACUUCUUGAAACCGUGAUAAAUAGGUAAAUAUAAGUAGACAUGACAACAGUUAGCACUUUUUUUGUUUAACAUUGCUUGAAAAGGCAUAAUCGGUGUCUUAUCGCCUCUACGUAUCCUAAUAUUUCAUUUACAAUAUUAACAAGGAAAUGCCUCACUCAAAUUCCUCCUUGGAAUCGUGGAUCUUGUUUAAGGGAUUAUCUUGCUAAGGUGUAAUCAGAUUUAAUACAAUCGUAUAAGUUGCUUUAAUUCUUGUAAGGUGCCUUUGCAAGGACUGAGGAGUAAUUUCUGGGUGGCCAUAAAUUUGCCACUGAACCAACAGUUUUGCUUUCAUGUUGUUCAUUUUAAAAAAAAACAUAAAUCUCUCUUCCAUUCUUCCUACUACUUCCCCUAGUCACCAGGCUUGAAGAAGUUAGGGAAAUGGGAAGCACUAUUGAUUUACCAUGCAUACUUCACCCCUAUUACAUUCCUUUAGUGGAAUCCAGCUGAUAAAUAUGUUUUCCUGGCUAACGAUUCUCCAGAUCAAUUAUUUAAUCACCUCAUGGCUAGCUGUGGGACCAUGCAAGCAUAAAUGACUCUUAUGCUUGCCCACAAAAAGUUACAUUUGAUAACUCGUUGUGAAGCAAUUGGGAUAUUUUGACUACCUAUAGUUUUCAAGAUAAUGGAUCUUUCAGAAUCUGCAACUACCUAAUGAGCUUUAAAUGUUGUCCAAAUGUGAAAUGGAGUAGUUCAAUGCCUUUUGUUCAAUGAGAUAAUACAUUCUGAUAACACUAAAAUAUGAUCUUUAGAAUUUGAAUGUAAAUUAGCCAAAAUCAGGCUAUUUUCAAGUUGAAAUUUAAUUAAUUUUGAGAGAUGGAUCUGCGCCCCUCCCCUCACUCAUUCUUAGAUUACAAAUAAUUAUAACUGAAACAACAUUGUCUUCUGCACUGAUUGAGCACCUGUGUGCUUGCUUAAAGAUUUAGUAAAUAGAACUUCUAGUCAUUUUUUAACUGUCAUUUGCCAUGAUAAGCAUUAAAAUGUACAUGUUUUUUCCACGUUUUCUAAUGUUGCUUUGAAACAAGAUUGUAAUUUGUCUUUUGUGAGUGGAUUUAUGUAUACCUGAACUUUUGAAAUACAUAUGACCUUUCCCAAAUUAAUAUUCAAUAACAAAUAGUAAAGACAAUAGUAAUUCAAUAAUAUAAACAUAUCUAUAAAGAAGGCAAACUAACAGAUCAACAAAAUUAUUGUCAAGCAAUAAUAAUUGUACAGGGUUAAUCUGACUGAUGCAUGGAUAUUGUAAUUAAAACACUGAAUUUUGAACUACA